AAUUCUCAGAUAGCCCCACCCCUCACACCUAGAUCUACAUAUUGUUGCAAAUUUCAGUGUAAUCUAUGUUGCAAGCUUGUGCGAUGUGCACAUGCAUACUCUAGCUAGCUAGCUUCCAAAAUGAAUCCUGCUCAGUUAGUACCUAGUGCUGUGUGUCUGCUUAUGAUGAUGACAAUGAGUGUUCAUUCCCAAAUUCAGGAAUGUGAGAAUGCAAUAGAUUUAGAAGGAACCUCUGAUUGGAAUAGUUGCAUUGAGAUAUCGUGUCGAGAGGGAGAUGGAGGAUCUAUUGCUCAAGGGACGUUUCUGGCAGAGAAUUACAAUCCCAACGUUUUUGAUUUUAAUGCCUAUAUCAGGUUCAACUGCUCAAAUGAGACACAUCGUGAGGUAUCAUCAACCUUCACAAUAUUCGUAGUUGGUAAAAAUGCUAUGAGCAUGAUACCACAGCAGCUAUCAGGGAAUGUAAAAUGCACUACAUUUGGUUGCUAUGUGGCAGUAAACAAACCUACUUUAGAAAUUGUAAGAUACAACUUUAGUCCAACUUCACUGGAAGGAAACUGCUCGACCCCCGUCAUCUCUCCAACAAAUACGUUUACCUUGAGCAGCAGCCCCACAUUAACUAGCAUCAUCAGCUCUAGCUCCCACAUGCUAGAAAUCUACACAACCAUUACAGAAAAUCAUCUGAGCUAUGCUACUGUUCUGUCCACAAGCUUAAGUACGACUAACUUUGUAAGUUCUGCAGCUCCUAUGACUAGUUUUGUAAGUUCUGUAGCUCCUACGACUAACCUUGGGAGUUCUGCAGCUCCUACGACUAGCUUUGGCAGUUCUGCAGCUCCUACAACUAGCUUUGGCAGUUCUGCAGCUCCUACGACUAGCUUUGUAAGUUCUGCAGCUCCUACGACUAGCUUUGGGAGUUCUGCAGCUCCUACGACUAGCUUUGGGAGUUCUGUAGCUUCUACACCACCAAACAACAUGCCUCGAAGUCACAGCUUACACAUAAUGGGACUUUUGCUACUUGCACCGUUUUCUCUUCUUUCUUUCUCUUUAUUAAUGUGCAUUUCUAUUACUGUGAAGCGAUGGAGGAAGAACAAGCUGUUAAAGAAUCGAAGAACCGGCUAUGGAUUGCACAAGUAUGACACCAAGGUGUACGAGUGCAUAUCGGAUGUUUUUUUGGACAUGACAUUUAUACUUCCUAAAAAGUAUUCUUCAGCGAUUAGCAUCAUCGACCCAUUCCAUUUUAAGUCAGCGGAACUAGCUCUGAGUGACACUCAAAGUGAUGACGGCACUAUCGACUCAGCCAUAGAAUCAGAAAUGCAACAUACUAUUGCGGCUGCCCCAACGUUUACUUUCUCAGAGCCUGAGGUGUGCAUUGAACAAGCUACUGAUACAAGUAUCGAUCCUUCCUCUUACAUAACUGCACUUGCUUAUAAUGAUGGAGAAUGCAUGACACAUUCUGAAGGAAAUAAGUCCACAAGCAGCAUGAUAUCAGCAGGAGCAGAUCAUGAUUCAACAGACAGGAGUGUGGAGAGAAUGAUACCCUCCCUCAGAAAGGAUAAAGUUGAAGGAGGUUACAUUGAAGCUCUUACCUACACAAGCAAUGAAUCGAUAAACAACGUGGAGCAACAGAAUGAUACGUCUGUGUCUCCAAGCAAAAACAGUUAUGCUGACAAUCAUACUACAAGUGCUAAAGAUGCCGGCUAUAUUCAAAUACCUCCCGUUGUACAGAGUCAGAAUGGUCCAAGCACUCAAAGUACCAAAGAUGGCUACGUGUUCAUAUGUUCAAAUUGAUUUUACUCAUGCUCCCUAGAUUCAAAGACUAUACUACGUAGUACUCUAAUACUGAUGUGAAUAAUUAAUACUAUUAUUAUACCCAGUAGAGAUCUAGCUUUGCAUCCGUAUCUACAUAGACCAGUGGCUAUA